UCAGCUCUCAUAGAAGGCAUCUACUAUGGCGUUCACCGUCAAAUCCCUCCUCCUCCACCUGCUCCCACUCCUCCUCCUUCCCCUCGCCCUCUCCGACGACGCCAUCACCCAUUACUGCGGCGGAAACACCUUCACUAACUCCACCAAUCCCCUGCAAGCCAACAUCAACUUCGUCCUCUCCGACCUCGAAAAAAGAACCCCUCAAUCCGGCUUCGCCAUCUCCUCCCACGGCCACCUCACCACCACCAUCUACGGCCUCACCCGCUGCCGCGGAGACCUCUCACCCGACAUCUGCUCAUCCUGCAUCACCGCCGCCGCCACCCAACUCCCCUCCCUCUGCCCCAAUCGCACCGACGCCCGCAUCUGGUACGAAUACUGCUUCCUCCGCUACGACUCCGACGACUUCCUGGGCAAGUCAGACACCAGCUACGCCGUCAUUGUCUACAACGUCGAGAACGCCACGGAUCCCGUAAGGUUUAGCGAAGCCGUGAAGGAACUGAUGGGCAGAGUGGAUGAAUCGGCGGUGAGGAGUUCCAAGAGGUUUGGUUGGGGGGUGACGGCGUUUACAGAGAAUGUGACUGUUAGGGGGAUGGCGCAGUGCACGCGGGAUUUAUCGCCGGAGAGUUGUAGGGAGUGUUUGGAGUCGGCGGUGGGUCUGUUUCCCGAUUACUGUAGCUAUCGUAAAGGCUGUCGUGUGCUGUAUAGUAGCUGUGUGGUGAGAUAUGAGAUUUAUGACUUCUUGUUUAAGACGGAUUCGUCGAGCGGCAGCGCCGGUGAUCUGCUGACGCAGAGGAUGAUUCUCUCGCGAUUUUGAUUUGAGAAUGUUCUAUUAAGCUUCGUUUGGGAUCAUUUUUUUAUUAUUUUUUAAAAUAAUUUUUUAAUACAACAAAUAAAAUUUGUAUACUAAAAAAUUAUUUU